AGUGAAGCCUGAACUCGAGUAGGGCCCAAGCCAGCCAGGAAGGAGGAGGCAGCCAGAGUGUUCUCUGCAGCAGAAGACCCUUUGCUGCCCUGCUUAACCCAGACCAGCAUUUGCCAGGUGUGUAACAUCUCCUGGGCUGUUGCUGUGCUGGGGCUUCUGCUACUAUAUAGGGCAGGCUGGCCCAAGGGUGCGAGCCUCUUGGCGAGAGCCGAAAAGCAAGAGCACAAGGGCUCUUGUCCUUGUGGCUCUCAGCUGUGGGGCGAGCUGCCCAGGGCCCAGAAGAUCUCUCCCCUUCUGCGCUGAGGAUCCUUCUCUCUGCAAUUAAGAAGCUAGCAGGAGAUGUACAAGUCUGGUUUUGGUUUUUAUUAAGCCAACAAGCUGUGGUGGGUUAGUCUGGGGAGAUGUGUCUGGGAGAGCGGAAAAGUGGGUCUGGAGUGGGGGCGGCAAUAUCACAGGUAGCGGGCAGAGGGAGGUAUGGCGGUGGGAGUUGGGCAGGCCGUUACAGGGGGAAAUGGUCCUCCAGGCAAUUGAGGCCUGUUCCGUUUUCCGGCCCUUCUCCCAACCCUCUGACCCCAGGGAGCUCUGAGAACACUCCUUCGAGGAUUAGGGUGCUGCUGCUGAAUGCCAGGUCAGUUAACGCAAAAACAUCUCUCAUCCACGAUUUGAUUGUGGAUGAGCGUGCUGACCUGGUAUGUGUGACGGAGACCUGGUUGGAUGUGCUGGGCGGGGUUGGUCUCUCUCAGCUUUGUCCUCCAGGUUUCCAGAUCGCGCAGCAGCCCCGCCUCGAGGGUCGGGGAGGAGGCGUUGCAGUCAUCUUUCGAGAGACCCUCCCCGUUUCCAGGUGCCCGGUCAGGCAAUCUCAGAAUUUUGAGUGUUUGUCCUUGAGGGUGGGCCUCCGAGAUAGGCUGGGGAUUCUGCUGGUGUACCGACCACCCCGCUGCACUUCAGUCUCCCUACCUGAGCUGGCGGGGGUGGUCUCGGAGGUGGCCUUGGGUUCCCCCAGGCUUAUUGUUUUGGGGGAUUUCAAUGUCCACGCUGAGGCCCCCCUAGUGGGUGCGGCUCAGGAUUUCAUGGCCUCCAUGGCAACCAUGGGCCUGUCUCAAUUGGUAUCGGGCCCUACCCACGUGGCAGGACACACUCUGGAUCUGGUUUUUGCCGACCGGGAAAUAAAUGAUCUGGAGGCGGGGGAAUUUGAGAUCACUCCCUUGUCAUGGGCAGAUCAUCACCUGGUGGGGUUUAGUUUGACUGCUCUGUCUGCCCUCUGCAGGGGUGGUGGGCCAAUUAAGAUGGUCCGCCCCCGGAGGCUUAUGAAUCCGCUUGGAUUCCAGACGGCCCUCGGGGAGUUUCCAGUGUCCAGAGCUGGUGACCCUGUCGAGGCCUUGGUUGAUCUCUGGAAUGGGGAGAUGGCCCGGGCUGUUGACACGGUUGCUCCUAAACGCCCUCUCCGUCUUGGUGGAGCCCGUUCUGCUCCUUGGUUUUCCUCGGAGCUUAGGGCGAUGAAGCAACUCGGGCGACGGCUGGAACGACGCUGGAGGAAGAGUCGUCACGAAUCUGACCGAACACGGGCUAGAGCCCAUUUUAGGGACUACGCUGUGGCGGUGGGGGCAGCGAAGAAAUGCUUUUUCUCCGCCUCCAUUGCGUCUGCUCAGUGCAGACAAACAGAGCUGUUUUGUGUGGUAAAAACCUUGCUCACACAUCCGCCCAGACAAUGGGGGAGGAGUCAUCUACAGCUCUUUGUGAUCGGUUUGCCUGUCGCUUUGCAGAUAAAGUCGCUUGCAUCCGUGCUGACCUGGACUCCAGAGUUUUGGCAGUUCCGGCAGACGUGCCUCUGGUACCAUCUGGUCCCGUUGUGUUGGAUUCUUUUCAGUUGGUGCGGCCUGAGGAUGUGGACAAGAUCCUGGGCAGUGUGCGGGCGACUUUGUGCGCUCUUGACCCUUGCCCUUCAUGGCUAAUAAAAGCUGCCAGGGAGGGGACAGGCAGAUGGCUGGAGGUGAUUGUUAAUGCUUCAUUAAGGGAGGGCAGGAUGCCAUCGUGCCUCAAGGAGGCGGUGGUAAGACCACUAUUAAAAAAGCCCUCCCUUGAUCCCUCCAACCUGGAUAACUAUAGACCUGUGUCUAACCUUCCCUAUUUGGGCAAGGUGAUGGAGUGUGUGGUGGCGUCCCAGCUGCAGAGGGUCUUGGAUGAUAUGGAUUAUCUGGACCCUUUUCAAUCUGGCUUCCGCCCCGGGUAUGGGACUGGGACUGCCUUGGUCGCUCUAGUGGAUUACCUACGCUGGGAACUAGACAGGGGGAGUGCGUCCCUGUUGGUUCUGCUGGACCUCUUGGCGGCGUUCGAUACCAUCGACCAUGGUAUCCUUCUGGGCCGCCUCUUGAAUAUGGGAAUUGGAGGCACUGCGUUGUAGUGGUUCCAGUCCUUUCUUGGGGGGAGGGUCCAGAAGGUGGUGCUGGGGGACUACUGCUCGGCCCCGUGGCCAUUGGCCUGUGGGGUCCCGCAGGGAUCGGUCUUGUCCCCCAUGCUGUUUAACAUCUACAUGAAGCCGCUGGGAGAGGUCAUCCGGGGAUUUGGACUGAGUUGUCAGCAAUAUGCGGAUGACACUCAGCUCUAUCUCUCCUUGUCAACUGAUCCUAGGGAGGCAGUGGAUGUCCUGAAUUGGGGGCUGGAGGCCGUGAUAGGCUGGAUGUGGGCUAACAAACUGAAAUUGAAUCCGGAUAAGACGGAGGUACUGUUGGUCAGUAGGAGAGCCAAUCGGGAUGAGGAGAUUUUACCGGUUCUGGAUGGGGUUGCACUCCCCUUGAAGGAGCAAGUACGCAGCUAGGGGGUACUACUGGACCCGGCUCUGCUUUUGGAAGCUCAGGUGGAGGCGGUGGCCAGGGGUGCCUUUGCAGGGCUUCGGCUGGUGCGCCAGCUGCGUCCCUUUCUCGAGAAGGCAGAUCUGGCCACGGUUACCCACACCUUAGUCACAUUGCGGCUAGAUUACUGUAACGCGCUCUACGUGGGGCUGCCCUUGAAGAAUAUCCGGAAACUGCAGUUAGUGCAAAACGCGGCAGCGAGGGUUUUAUCCGGAGCUGCCCGUUGGGAACAUAUCACCCCCAUUUUGAAAGAGCUGCACUGGAUGCCGGUUCGUUUCCGGGUCCAAUUCAUGGUGCUGGUUUUGACCUUUAAAGCCCUAAACGGUUUGGGCCCGGGGUAUUUGAGGGACCGCCUGCUCCCAAGGGUUGCUGCCCGCUUGACGAGGACAUCUGAGGGGGCCCUGUUCCAGGUGCCGACAAUGAGGGAGGCUCGGCUGUCGUGCACUCGGGACAGGGCCUUCUCUGUUGCUGCUCCUAGACUCUGGAAUGCUCUCCCAGUGGCCAUUCGUUCCUCAGACUCCAUCACGGCUUUUAGAAAGCUUUUAAAGACUUGGCUUUUUACCCAGGCUUUUACAUAAUCGUUUUUACUGCUGCUUCUGUGUGUUUUUAUCUGUUAUCUGUUGUAUUGUUUUUUAUGCCUGUUUUACAUGUUUUUAGCUUGUUUUUAUUGCUUUUUAUUGUAUGUUUUAAU